AAUCACCCAUCUCACGUGCCAGCCAAUUGUUCUCAUCACUCGCGACAAGCUGGAGGCUAUCCCUCCCGUCUCCGCCACUAUAAUUACGUCAGAGCACACAACACACCUCGCACGAGCUGCUCGUACGGAUGGGAGUGGACGGCUAACGUUAGACACAUCCUCACUGGUCGGGCAAGUUGGAGAGGAGUGAGAAAGGAGAGGGACGGUUCAGAACCUGCAUUCGGCCUUCGCGAUAUUUGAAUACUCCGUGUGGACAAAAUAUUAGUAGUAUAUAAACAUGGAGGAUGCCCUACAGCCACCCUCUACGGUAAAAUUCAUCAAUGACAACGCGAAGUCCAUAUGGCGGGACAUGACCGGAGUGGCGGAGGAGAGCUUGGCGCAGCUGAAGAGCAGGUUACACCGAAGAGGACUGGACAACGACCCGCCUGUCCUGCGGGCCGUGAGGAAAGACGGGGAGUGGUGGGCGCUGGACAACAGGGCGCUGUACGUCUGCCUGGACCUGGAGAGACAAGGCAAGUGUCCCCGGGUCAGGAUAGAGGCGGUCCAUCUCAACGACGUGCCCGCUGAAGUGUGGGAGGGCAAGGACUUCCCCGCCAAAAACAAAAUCCUUCGCAGGAGACUGAACGGAAACGAAAACUGUACGGAGACUGAAGUGCCCACCUGCCGGGUGUGUCAUCAGGAGUUCAAAGGUUACGCGACGUUAGCCACGCACCAGAGCACGGAGAACCACUGGCACGGGAAUGACGGCGAGACGGGCGGGCAGGAGAAUGACGACACCGACGCCGAGGACUCAGACCUGGAGGACGUCAGCGACGUUAACUUUAGCGACUCUGAAUGUGACUGGAGUGAAGAGGUUGGAGACAGUGACUCGGACAGUGACGAGUCGUCAGACGAGGAGAAGCUGGACAACGCUCAGAACGACAACGUGCUGAGAGACGUCACCGCAUAGCCGCACCAAAUCGUCUGCGGUAACCAUGGUGAUGACGUCACCUGGUCAGGAGAAGAUUUUCCUGAUUAGACUAUCCGGGCGGAACCUUUAUGAUGCUAUGGAUUCUGUCACUGUGGCUUUAUAUAUACGUACUCGUUGACAAUAUUCAGGAAAUGAUGCCUAGGAUAUGGCAAACUUCAUUUGUAGCUUGAAUGCGAUGUCGUCCGAAACGAUGUUAUUGGAAAAUUGAAAGCAAUUGCUUCGUUUUUUUAUCACGAAGCAAGGUGAGCGUGUGGCACCGGUGACGUAGUAGCGUUUUGCUAUGCUGUAGUUAAUCGAAGAAAAUAAGUACGCUUUGUGGGUCAAAGUUGUGAAGCACGCAGGAAGGGCGUGUUUUUAUGGUGCUUACCUCUUUUCUAUGCACAACCACGCAUUAUUUAAUUGAAAUAGCAAAUUUGCUGGUAUCUGAAUGUUUAACUCUUCACAAUUAUGAAAUGUGAGAAUACAAAAAGUGUAAACAAUUGUUUAUGCCGAGAUUCAAGAAUAGCAUAUAGCUGUGUAUAAAGCGAAUAUUCCAAAUUGGAUACGCAGAAGUUCGUUCGGAAUUACAAUGUAAGUAACAGUUAGUUGGGGUUGUGUGGCAGGAGGUGAAGUUGAGCAAAUGUCGUUCUAAAACGUUUAGCAUUCUAAGCUCUAUAAAAAGUCAAAAUUUAUGGCCGUCCAGAGGGAAUCACUUACUUUAUAACUGUACGUGGGAUCUCUGGUGGCAUUUUAUGGCAACCCGCCUGCGGCAGAUAGGCCGUGCUGUAGAAAUAUUGCGGACUGCAAAUGGGAAAGUUCAUGGAAGUGUGAGGACGUGAUAUAUUUCAGAAGAUUCUUUAUCGACCGUUAGCUUCAAAUGAAGCGAUGAAGGAUUGCAGUGGCAUAAAGUAAUGGAGCUACGGCUUCAACUUGUUCGACUGAGAUACGCGGUAAAUCGCAAGAAUUAUGUCUCUCUUAUUGUCUGUGAACACCUUAUGUUCUAUAAUAUAUCGAUAUCUUACACAUACAGAGGGGCGAAGUACAGCGAAUAUAGGAGAAAAUAUGGAAAGAAGAUAAAUAUAUAAUUGGUAUGGGUGUAUAAAUCAACUGUAAAGCUGGUGAUAGCAAAUACAAUAUGUAGAGUGGAGAAUGUGCAAGGGAAAUGUUCUUGGUUGCUACUGAACGUGACCGGCGUGAUAGUUGAAUGUUACAGAAUGGUGGCCCUGAAACAGAAUUGAAGCCUAGAAUUGUUCUCAAUCAGCAUAAGAGAGAAAAUGUGCUCUGUUGCAUCCAUGUAGAAAAUAACUUUCAGGUCUAUGUCAAUAUAAGGACCGUUUUACACACCUUUGAUGUGGUUGGCAGAAGAGCUGCUUCUUUGGCGUAAUGGCGCGUUCUCUCAUGUUACGGUGCAUUUCUCUCAACUGUUUUCUGCGCAAUUAAAUCAGCUGGUGCAAUUUA